AUCCAAGGCACAGAGACCAUGCCCUGUGGAGGAUUGCAGAGGGAAGGUACUAAAUAUGGCACGCCACUUUCGGCAGGUACAUGCUUGUCUGGACCUGCAAGACUUCACGCCAAGGAAGCAGCUGGCCAGGACUUAUGGGGGCCGAAAGCAGUGUGCAGAUUGUGACACGGUUACCAUGAGAAUGGACCUGCACAUCAGAAGGGUGCACAAGGUGGAGAAGGCAAGUCAGCAGUACUUGUCCAUGAUGGAACGGGCCACUGCUGUCGGUGGGGCAAACGAAUCGUCUGAUUUGGACAAGGCCCUGGACCUGUACAGGUACAUAUGUUUUAAAUUAUCUCGUCUGGGAAGUCUACUGCCUAUUCUAAUCAGGCAAUUUGCCUUCCAUCGUGACACUAAUCGAUGCCAAUUUUUAUUUCACAGUGACAAGCUGCAAGAGCGAUCGUCCGGCGUUGUGCGGAUGGAAUUUACUGCCACCUCUCACAGGACGGCAAUGAAGACGUUCCUCCUGGAGUUGUCGAAGGAAGCCCUCUUGGAGCUGCCAAAAUUAGGCGUCAAAGAAGGGAAGAUUGACCAGAUCUUCCAGAGUGGCAAACAAAGCCACCUCGAUGAAGACAUACCUCCAUGCCUUGGCUGCCUUUGUCGGUUUUGUUGCGGGGGAAGGCAGUGUGCUGAGAUGUCUUGGUAUGACAACACACGAUCUGGACACUGUAUGCCAGAAGGUUAUCACCAUAGCACAGACACUCCGCCAAGACAUAAACAGGCAGGCAGUGGAAGAGGCUGGGCAGAACCCAGAUGGGGCAAUACAGCUACAGCCCUGGAUGGCUGGAAAAUACUUGGAGGGAGUAGAGCGUGACGUGGCCCGCCAGCUGAUUCACAGGGAGAUAGGAGGAGAACCCCUCUCACCACGGGAAUGGUGUGCUGUUAGGAACAGCCUGAUUCUACAACUACUUGUGUCAAACUUCAAGAGAUCAGGUGAUCUUUCACACUUGGAGAGGAGCGUUGUCCCCGAGGCAAAGGUAGACCCGAGUGGACCAAAUGAUGGUGUCGAGGUCUUUAUCAUUCAACAUAAAGAGGCGAGAUCGGGGAAGAGAUGCCCUCUGAGCAAAGACGCAGAGGUAUUUAGCGACAUUCAACUGUUUGCUCGGCAUCUUGCCAAGAUCAAGGAAGAGAAGAAUCUAAAGGGCUACCUGUUCACCACAAAGGAAGGCAGUACAAUUUUGCCAACUAACAUGUCUAAGAUCAUAGAUGUGACAUGGGCAGCCUUCGGAAGGCGAAUAAAAGGAGACCUGCCGAAGCUGACUGGUUCAGGCAACAGGAAGCUGGCCGUCACCACGCAUAGAGAGGUGGGAGUGGAUCGCCAGGAGCAAGUAGCCCUGGCGAGCUACAUGGCGCACAGGGUAGACAGGGCGGACUGGUACUACAAUAAAGGCCAGUUGAGAGCCGCCAGGUCAUCUGCGGUCAAAAGGGUCACCUCAGCAUAUAAGGAAGCAGAACGUGCGCACAAUCAACAGGGAAAGGAAGAUGUGGAAUGAAGUUUUGUUUGUUUUAUGGAACUGAACUGAAGUUGUAGACUAGUAACUGACAGAUUGAUGUUUCGUAGUUCUACGCAUAUUUUUUUAGGAAUAUCAACUGUUUUUCGUUUGUUUUAAUUUGUUUUACUCUUUGUUUGUCUUUUGUUUCUUUGUAAGGUGCUUGUCAUUUUCUUUCAUUUCUUUGUAUUAUAUAGAUGUAUCAUUGUCAUUGAAUGUGAUCUUUGUACACAGUGCUAUAACUGCUGUUAUAUUUUUUGUUGUAAAUAGAUCUUGAAUGUCAUCGUUGUUGUCCGCCAUACUUAUACUCU